AUUUUUAGAUACCUCGCCACCCGCGACCGGAACGGUGCACUCUGAAUUUUAUUAUUAGAUUUUUUUAGUAAUAGUAUUAUAAAAUGGCCGUGGAAACUGAUACUGAAAGCAAAAAUAAAUCUGUGUUGGAGAACGAAACAAGGGACGCAGAGAAUCAAAAUUCCACAGAAGAUCCUAUAACAAGAGCUAUAGGAGCCAUCGGAAAAUGGCAGAUAUGGAUCUGUUUCAUAGUAUUUCUAGUAAAAUUUCCCGUUGCCUGGCAUCAAAUGAGCAUAAUAUUCCUGGCCCCACCGAUGAAUUACACAUGUUCUACAAAUGACGUAUAUGAUAAUCAUUGCUCAGCAAAUUGUACUGAAUAUAAGUUUGACCACUCUGUGUUUGGAGACACAAUCGUAUCGCAAUGGAAUCUCGUAUGCAGCAGGGAAUGGCUGAAAAACGCAACACAAACUAUUUUCAUGCUUGGAAUCCUCGUUGGGAACAUGGUCUUCGGCCACUUAUCAGACAGGUUUGGAAGGCGUUUACCGUUCUUGGCGGCAGUAUUUCUCCAACUUAUAUCGGGAGUUGCAACCGCAUAUUCCGUCAACUGGCACAUGUUUACCAGUCUUCGUUUCUUCUUAGCUGUGGCAACUGGAGGCACUAUGGUCACAAGCUUUGUCCUAACCAUGGAACUUAUCGGCACUAGAUAUAGGGACGCUGUUGGCAUUCUGUAUCAAAUUCCCUUCAACCUUGGCCAUUUGUCUUUACCACUAUUUGGUUACUUUUUGCGUGAUUGGAAUCACUUUCAACUUGCCAUUUCUUUGCCAUCAAUACUAUUCCUGAGCUAUUACUUUCUACUCCCGGAAUCGCCAAGAUGGUUGUUGACUGCAGGACGCGAAGACGAUGCGCUGAAGAUUUUGGAAGUUGCAGCAAAAAGGAACGGACGUCCAACCGAAAGAAUAGCAUCAUACACCCAAAAAAUGGCCGUUGAAGUUAAAAGCAAUCCAAAUAAAGAGCAUGUGUCGUUUAUUGCUCUAUUCCGUACUCCAAAGCUUCGCGCUAGAACAUUGGCUAUUUGCUUCAAUUGGUUCGUGUGUGGAUUCUGCUUCUUUGGAGUAUCGCAGUAUAUUGGACAUGUUUCUGGGAACAUAUUCAGCAAUGUCGCCAUUUCUGCAGCUAUAUUGGUACCUGGUACCCUCAUAUCCAUUUACGCCAACAAAGUCCUCGGGCGCAAGAUAACUCUAAUAAGCUCCAACUGCGUCACUGGUCUCAGUUGCUUACUAAUUACCGUCCUUCCACAAUCCGAGGCCAGUUACCUCAUAUUAGGUUGUGCUGGUCUUUGGGGCAUGAGCAUUUCUUUCGCCACAGUAUAUCUAUACGCCGGGGAGUUAUUCCCUACAGUUGUCAGGAAUUCUGGUGUCGGAUUGUCCUCUACUGUCGCGAGAAUAGGUUCUAUGGUCGCUCCUUUCGUAGCUACUUUGGGACAUAAAAGCUCCUGGUUACCGCCAAUCUUAUUCGGUAUCACGCCAUUAGUUGGAGCUUGUCUUUGCAUAAUCCUGCCAGAUACGAGAGGAAAGAAACUUCCGGACACAUUAGAAGAAGGGGAGGAGUAAGAUCUCAUAACUGCCUCAAGAUUAUUUUAUUUAUUAAUAGUAUUCCAAGCGCUCUAGAUUGAUUAAUUUUAGGAAUUUAUACCGUACCGAAUAUAUAUAGUCGUAAUUUUUAAGUGUAACUGUUGGAAUUGUGUUAUUGAAUUGUUCGUGUAGGCUGUGAUUAUGAAUCUUUUAUUAUACUGUAU